CUUGCCUCACAUGGACUCGGAUCCUCUCGCUGCGCGCGCCCUGCAGGACAACUCAAUGGGGUUUUUUACCGAGAUGAUGAUGAGAUCCGAGGAAGAAGUGAAGGAGAAACACCAACUUGUUUUUGCAUCUUUCCAUAUUUCCUCAUCUCUUUAGUUCUGUGGAUUGUCUCAUUAGCACCUGACUCUCAGCUACAGUUCUACCAGUAUGGCAUCUGUGCUCCAUCCUCUCCUGUUCCUUCUGUUUCCGUUACUACAUGUUCAGUCAAGCUCCCAUCAAAAGCCCCAGUGGCCUAUGCAGCGUGUGCCUGUAGUCGUUCCUCAACAGAUUGAGGAACGUCCCCCCCCUCAUUUCGCCGGUCCAGCUCAUCUGCAAGUGACCUCUUCCUGUGGUCCCGAGUGUCACAAGAAAGCUCCAACACCCAGCUACUGGGACCUGCGACACUUCCUGUCCUACGAGACUCUGCACUCAAAUGGCCAGCUGACCGAGACGAUGGUGGGAAUCUACGGUUUUAACCCAAACAUCAUGAAGAACCCUGCGGCCGAGCAGGGACGCUCCAGAGCCAAGCGCCAGAUCUUCGGUCACGACAGUCGCUUCAGCAUUGUGGGCCAGGACUUCCUGCAGAACUACCCUUUUUCGACUGCCGUGAAGCUGUCCACCGGGUGCUCGGGUACGCUAGUGGGUAACCAGCACGUUCUCACGGCAGCCCAUUGCGUCCAUGAUGGAAAGAAUUAUGUAAAAGGUGCUCAGAGGUUGCGUGUCGGCUUUCUGAAGUCCAAGCCGAAGGACUCACCGUUCAACAACAGCACCAACAACAAGAUGAAGUUCCAAUGGAUCAGAGUCAAGCGCACGCAUGUGCCCAAGGGCUGGAUAAAGGGCAACGCUAAUGACAUCGGCAUGGACUAUGAUUACGCCCUGUUGGAACUCAAGAAAACUCACAAGCGCAAACACAUGAAGCUGGGAGUGAGUCCUUCUGCACAGCAACUCCCUGGUAAGCGAGUGCAGUUCUCCGGCUUUGACAACGAUCGUCCAGGUCAGCUGGUCUACCGCUUCUGCAAGGCCGGCGAUGAAACCUACGACCUUCUGUAUCAGCAUUGCGAUGCUCAGCCUGGCGCUAGCGGCUCCGGCGUUUAUGCCCGGUUGUGGAAUCGUACGCACCGCCGCUGGGAAAGAAAAGUGAUCGGGAUCUUUUCGGGACACCAAUGGGUGGACCUCAACGGCGAUCCCCAGGAGUUUAACGUAGCAGUGCGCAUCACUCCUCUUAAAUACGCCCAGAUCUGCUACUGGAUCAAAGGGAAUUACAUGGAGUGCAGAGACGGCUGAACAUUAACAGAGAAGCUUCAGCAGUAUCCCUAAACUUCUGCGCAUCCUUUAGAUUCAUCGAAACAGAGGUUAAACACCCAGGAAUACACAAAACACUGGCAUGUAAACACUGAACAAUCUUAACACACAUUCACAGUCUACCGUAUAAAUACUCAAACUACAAUAAUUUCUAGAAACUUACCUUACAGUCAUGUAACCAAAUAGUUUUGCACAGUCUUCCCAAGUUGGUCUUUGCAAUAGUGUAUAGCUUCAGUUUAAGAUUGAUCUUUAAUAUUAAUCAAAAAAUGACAUCACCAAAGAUGUUUUUUUUUAGUGACUGGGGAAUUCUUAAAUACAAAGCACUGUAGGCUUUAAGCCUUUUUUUUUUUUUUGUGAAGAAUGUAGCCCAGUUUAACCAAAGGUGCUUUUUUAAGUAGCCAAGUCAAGCAUGCAAAUGAUCUUUGAUCUACUGUAUAAACUAUAUUUUCAGUGGCAUGUGGUUUCUAUUCUGUUAGCGACCCCUAGGACCCACAGUUCAAAACUAUGUUGGUGGAUGGUGCCUCCUUAAACUAAUCAUCUUUUUUUUUUUUUAUUAAUUAAUUAAUAAGCUUUUGUAAGUAUGAUUUAGAUGUUAUACAUGUUAAAAGUUAUACACCAAUGUCAGCACCUAAAGCACUUUGAGUUUGUCUAAGUAACUGAUUCAUUAGUCAAUAACAGCUUUGUAUGAUAAUUUACUCUGUACUAUGCAAAUGUUUAUUAAAUGCUUUUAAAAAUAUAUAGAUCAUUCUGAAACAUCGCUGCAUCAUGGGGCCAAAAAAUAUAAAUAUUUUACAUUCAAUA